AUGAGUGCAAUUCAAGACGCCGGCGAUGCUGAGCCUGUUCAGGUUCUGGUCGCCCUUCACGAUCAGAUGAACCUCCUUGACGUCGCCGGUCCCCUAGAGGUCAUGAGCAAGUCCCUUUUCAACUUCUCCGAUCCAGACAGCAAAGCCUUCGACAUCACCGUCUGCGCCGCCGAGCCCAAGACCAUGACCAACGCAGGCAUUCCUCUCGGCGGUCAGAUCUCUUUUUCCGAAGCACACAAACGUCUCAAGGAGUUUGAUGUUGUCAUCAUCCCUGGCGGCAAUGUCCUCAAGAUCCUCAAAGACGAGAGCGAGCCUCUCGACCUCAUCAAAGCCUACGCCGAUCUUCAGAUCAGCGACCCCUCCCGUGAGCGAUCUCUCCUCGCCGUCGACACCGCCGCAUUGCUGCUGGCCAAGCUGGGUGUUCUGCAAGGCCUUGCAGCCACCACUCACCCGGACUACUAUAUCAAGAUGGAACACCUGUGUCAAGAAUCCUCCAACAACGACACUCAGGAGCGCACCGAUGUCAUGGAAGAGCGCUACGUCGUCAACCACGGCCGCUUCGAGAUCGGCGAGAACGAGGAGGAGAACCCCUACGUCUUCCACAAGAACCGCCGCCCCAGCAAUGCCCGUAAGGGCAGCAUGCUGCGCAAGAUGAGCAAUGCCCGCCGUGAGAGCAUCGUCAAGCGCGCCAACAUGAAGCUAGGCGGCUUGCGUGUCAUCACCACCGGCGGCCCCGCCAGUGGCCUGGACGCGACCCUGUAUCUGGUCAGUGCCUUGGUCAGCCACGAGAGUGCCCAAGAGGCCAGCCGCCUGAUGCAGUACGAUUGGGUCAAGGGUGUCGUGGUCGACGCCAUUGACGUGUAA